AUGCAGUCGACAUCAUCAGAAGACACAAAAUUUCCACCAAUUUCAAAUUCAGAUUUAAUUAAAAAACAUCAAAAAACAAAUUUAAACAAUCAAGUAUUAAUUACUGCUUUGGGGAAAAAUAGAAAAGAGGAAAGACAUUUAUUUCAUAAUUGUAUAGAAUUUGUGUCUAUACAGGAUCAUAUACUUGAAUCUGUUUGUAGACACGAAAAUAUUAAAGAAGAUCAAUGUCAGGUCUGUCGCUUUGAAAAACAAUUAGGAUUACCUCAUUUACCAGAAAUGAUAUUCCCUUUUAAUAAAAUUGCAAUUUAUUGUAAUGGAAAUCUUGUUAUUGAAUUUAAUGCCUUUGAUGCUCUUAAAGAAGUUAAUAAGGAACAAUUACCUGAUUUUAAAGUCGGCCCAAGUACUGUUUGGCAAAAUGCUCGGCCAGAAACUUUAUCUCGAGAAUUCCAAAAACCUUUUGAUUGGACAUAUUCAAGUAAUUAUAAAGGUACUUUGGGAAAAAAUAUAAAAAUAGAGAAGGGGAAUAGUAAUGUUAAAAUAAAUUAUGAAAAAUUAAAAAGAAAAGAUCCAAUUCAAUUUUAUUCACAAAUUGCUUUAUAUGAGGAUGAAUUGGCAGAUAAUGGAUGUGCACAAAUGAUGAUUAGAAUAAGAAUAAUGCCUGACACUUUUUUUGUUUUGUGUCGUUUUUAUCUUCGAGUUGAUCACGUGAUGGUUAGAAUUUUAGAUACACGUUUAUAUGGUGAAAAAGAAAAUAAUUUAUAUUUGAUAAGAGAAUGGACUAAAAAAGAAGAAAAUUAUUCAAAAUUAAAUAAAGAGGUUUUUAUUUAA